AUGAAAUCAACAACACAAUCCGCCGACAACCUCACAGAGCUGCUUUGGCAAGAUGCUUUGCGCCACCUCGGGUCUACGAAUAAUGAAGUCCUUCUGCCGACAAAUGUGGUGGACAUCAUCGGUCAAGAUAAUGUCGAGAAAAUUAAAUCGCGUCUUUCUGCACUUCUAGGUACCCCGGUCGUGUCUUUUGUCGAUGAGUCGAUCAACGCUCUCCGUGUUCUACGCACGCCAGCGUUUUCAGGGUCAUCAAUUUCUGUCGCCUCCCAUGCUAAGACCUUCAGCUCAAAAACCGGCGAAGUCCCUGUCAAAUCUAGGGCAGCAUCCACCAAAUCUACUAAGGUCCCUCGACCUCCUAAUGCAUUCAUCUUAUACCGGCAGCACCAUCACCCUAGAGUAAAGGGGCAGUACCCUGAGCUCUCAAACAAUGAGAUCUCGGUGAUUUUGGGGAAGCAAUGGAGGGCGGAGUCCGAAGAGGCUAAGCUACAUUUCAAGAACUUAGCAGAAGAGUUCAAAAAGAAGCAUGCCGAAGAUCAUCCAGACUAUCAAUACACUCCUCGAAAGCCGUCCGAGAGAAAACGGCGAACGACUUCCCGCUCUUCUCCCAAGCCGUCAAAACGAUCUAUCCCCCUUGAAUCCCCGCCCUCGGUGAGCACAUCAUCCCCGAAUGUGUUCACUCCCCCAGUGUGUCCAGAAAUGGAGAACAACCAUACGGCUAGCGCGAGCUACAUAGGACCGUUGGACAACCUGAACGUUAUAUUUGAUGCCAGUGAUUUUACAGAAGAACCCGCCAGUUUUGGCGCAAACGCAUUUGAUUCUCUAUUUCAACAAGCUCAAAGCGACUAUAGCAGGACCACAUUAUUCCCACAGCUGGAUCUUGCUGAACGAUCUUUCGGAGACGCAUUCGAGUUUCCAGACUUUGCAGGUGACUGCUUCUAA